UUGCCUGUCAUCAGUGUGUCCUUGGAUCCAUAGACAAGCAGCAGGUUAGCUAGAGAGCUACCACUGGAUUUGACAGCUAUAGGAAGCCAAAGCGGAGGGCGCCAUAAAGGGGCAGCGACGUUACUUCCAACCAGAAAGCAGAGAAAACAGUCACAGAGGUCGAGAUGGCUUUCUUGAUCAAGAGCAUGAUUGGGAACCCCCUGUCAGGAAUUGGCCUCGGGGGUGGAGGUGACAAAGAAGAGGAGGCCGCCCCCACAGAUCCAGCCAAAGCAGCGGGGAUGACACGGGAGGAGUAUGAAGAGUACCAAAAACAGGUGGUGGAGGAGAAGAUGGAGAGAGAUGCAGAUUUCUUACACAAGAAGGCAGAGAGGGCCACACUUCGGGUGUGCCUCAGAGACAAAUACAGACUGCCAAAGAGCGAGCAGGACGAGAACAUGAUCGAGAUGGCCGGGGACGACGUGGACGUGCCCGAGGAGCUGCUCAAGAUGGUGGACGAGGAUGCCACAGAGGAGGAGGGCAAGGACUCCCUCAUGGGCCAGAUUCAAAACUUGCAGAACAUGGACAUGGACCAGCUGAAGGAGAAGGCCUCGGCCACCGUCACAGAGCUCAAGACUAAAGCGGAGGAGAAGUGCUCCGUCAUGUGAACGGCCUGCAUUUCAAUUUCCUGGAAAUUAAAGACCAAACUUCAGUCAACAUGUAGAAUCUGUUAAAAGCACUAAAAAGGCAAAACAUCCGUCUAAAAUGAAAAAAAUAUAUAUGCCUGGUCCCCUCAAGGUGACACAGAGCUACUUCUACCAGUUUUCAUCUGGGAAAAUGGAUAUAUUGUAAAAGUUUCCCAGUGACUUAAUAAUCAGAAACCUUUUUAAAAUUAUUUGUCCAAGGUGCCCCAUGUCUCCCCAGUUUUCUUGGUUAUAUAAUGUGAUUUUCCCUGAACGUCCAUGCGAAGUAUUUCUUCUCACUUCUCUGUCACAGGUCACAGGUCACAGUGCAUUUCAAAAUGUUUGUGAUAUAAUGAGACAGUUUCGUCUGUGUAUUUCAACUGUCCUUUUGGUUGUUGGUUAUUCUAGUUUUUUUUUUGUAUGUGGUAUUUGAAAUAAUUACAGUAUUUAGAUGGAUUUUUUUUUGUCUUUCAAUAUUUAAGAAUUACUGUUACUUUCUCUACACAAACACUUCAGCAGUUCAGUGAGCCUGAAACAUUUGCAGAGACAUUUUCAGAUUUGCACAAAUCCUAAUAUUAAUACACUUAUUCCAUAUAUAUUUAUUCCAUUCCAGUGAGAGGAAUGAACAUAAACACUGAUGAAAUACAUGGAGGUACUUAAAACUGAGUAAACAAAAUGUCAUGUUUAAAUAAAGAUGUGUAUUGAACACAUUAAA